AUGCACUCUGCCCCCGCCACCUCGGACACUUCGGUGACACGCACCUUGGCCAGCUGGCUCGAGGAGCUGUCUCCGGCCACCAUCCCGGAGGAGAUCCGGACCCGGGCCAAGUACCUCAUGCUGGAUGGCUUGGGCUGUGCCUUGCUGGGCGCGCGGCUACCAUGGUCCGUCAAGGCCCAUGAUGCCAUCACCGCCAUUGAAGGCACCGGCAAAUGUACCAUCAUCGGAUGGAACGAGACCCUCCCCCCCAACGCAGCCGCCCUGCUGAACAGCACCUUCGUGCAAGCCUUCGACCUCGACGACGUGCACGUCGAAGCGCCCAUCCACGCCAGCUCCGUGAUCCUCCCCGCCGUGCUCGCCGCCGCGCAACAAGAGCACCCCGCGCAACCCAUCACAGGCCACGACUUCCUAACUGCCAUGGUCGCCGGCUACGAAGUGGGCCCCCGAGUCGGCUACGCCCUCGGCGGAUCCCACAUGCUCACGAUCGGCUGGCACUCCGGCGCCAUCUUCGGCCCCGCGGCCUCGGCGGCCGCCGUAUCCAAGCUCCUGCAUCUACCCGCGGCGCAAAUCGAAGACGCGCUCGGGAUGGCGUGCACGCAGGCAUGCGGACUGAUGUCGGCGCAGUUCGAGAGCAUGGUGAAGCGGAUGCAGCAUGGGUUUGCGGCCCGGAGCGGCGUGCUGGCCUCGUAUCUGGCCCGACAAGGGUUCACGGGGAUCAAGGAGAUCUUUGAUCGGUCGUAUGGGGGGUUCUUGCCGAUGUUUACGCUCGGGGCGGAACACGAGCCGCGGUGUUUUCCGGAGGAGGUGAGUCGGGGACUCGGGGAGACGUGGCAGAUGGAGAAGAUUCGACAGAAGCCGUAUGCGUUGAUGGCGGGGACGCAUUGCACGGUGGAUUGUAUUCGGGAGUUGCAGCGGAGGUAUCCCGAGCGGAUGGCGGGGUGGCCGCAGAUGGUGAAGAUUGAGGCGGAGAUGGCGCGCGCGGCGAUGAAGAAGGGGGGAUGGGCGCCGCAGAAGCCGGCCACGGUCACGGCGGCGCAGAUGUGUGUGCCGUAUGCGGUGGCGUUGCAGGUGGUGGAUGGGGAGAUUGUGCCGGGGCAGUUUGCGCCGGGGCAGUUGAAUCGCGAGGCCCUGUGGGAGGUCAUGGAGAAGGUCGAGUGUCGGGAGGUGCCGGAAUUUGAUCAUUCCUGGGCGCAGCGCGUGAAGAUCACGUUUGCGGAUGGCGAGGUCAUUGAGACGGUGGUCAAGGCGCCGCGGGGGGUCAAUCCGGCGUUGUCGAACGAGGAAGUGUUGGCCAAGUGGCGGGCUGUGACAAGAGGAGUCAUUAGUGAGGAGCGACAGCGUGAGAUUGAAGCGGUGGUGUUGCACCUGGAGGAGGUGGAUGAUGUGGUGGGCCGAUUGGGGGCGUUGUUAGGGCCGGACACGGUGAAUGUGCUGCAGUGA